AUGCGACCCUUGGUCUCCUACGACGACAUCACAGCUCCGCAAGCUGAGCCGGCAGAGCUGCCGGGUCCUCAUUCUCCCCCCACAAAUCCUCCGCCGUCGAAAAAGCGGAAGACAAACCAGAAACUACCCAACAGGCGUCCCCAGCAGCAGUACGCACAUUGGGAUGACCCAGGUGCACAGGCCCCGCCAGUGAGGUAUGACGAUGGCGCGGCGGGGCCGAGCACAAGCGGGACGGGCGAGGGUGAGUAUACUGAAGAGGAAGAGGAGGAAGAGAAGAGCCGGGAGCUCACCCAUGACGAGAUCUGGGACGACUCUGCGCUCGUGGAUGCUUGGGACAGCGCAUUGGCCGAGUAUGAGGCGUACCAUGGUCCCGGGAAGAAGUGGAAGGAAGAACCGGUCAAGAGAUCUCCUCUAUGGUACAACGUCCCACCCUCGGACUCGAAGCUUAAAAAGAUAGCAGCGCACAGCGCGCCAGCAGAAGGGGCGCCGAACGGCACUCAUGAGGAGCACGCAAAUGGCGAAGCCGAUUCGACGCCUCUGAACUUUGACACGUAUGUCCCAACCUACGAUCCAUCGCUCACGCAAGCCGUGCCACCGCACCCGCCUGCAGUCCCAGGUUCAGAUUACGCACAGUACUAUUUACCUAACCCACCUGGGCCAAUGGUCAGCCAGGACGAGGCGUUCUCGCGCGCGCUAGCGGCAAUGUACUGGGGCGGAUACUGGACUGCGGUUUACCACUACCAGCGUAACGUGGCAACAGGUGAGAUAGCUGACGGAGAAGAAGGGGGAGCGGAGGCACAGGAUGCAGAUGUAGAUGCAGGUCGGUACGACGAGGACGAGGAUAUGGUAUCUGCUCAGCGGUGA